AUGAGAUUUCUCUCCUUCUUUGUACACAAUGUGUCUGUUGUUUCUGUGGCUACAGGGAAUUUGGCCACUAACCAGGAGGAAAGGGUAGUGGGCUAUGGCAUCAGGUGGUACCCAUCCAGUGAAAUUGCCAAACAUUCCUUGGAAAAUAUCUUACCACAACUGAAAUGUCACUUUACCUGGAAUUUAUAUGAUGAAGAAAGUUCCUUACAGGAUUUAGAAGACAGAGUUCGUGAUCAGGUAGAAUUUCUAAACACAGAAUUCAAAACGAUCAUGUACAAUCUGUUUGCCUAUGUUAAACACCUCAGAGGCCAGCAUGAGGUGGCCCUGGUAUACCUUCGCAGAGCAGAGGAGUUUAAUCUGCAGCAGCAAGACCACCAAGGCAAAAUCAGAAGCAUGGUCACCUGGGGGAACUAUGCAUGGAUCUACUAUCACAUGGGCAGAUUCUCAGAAGCUCAGGUUUACAUCAACAAGGUGGAAAAACUCUGUAAGACAUUUGCAAGCUCCUAUAGAAUCGAAUGCCCUGAGAUUGAUUGUGAAGAAGGAUGGGCACUUUUAAAAUGGGGAGAAAAAUACUAUGAACGGGCUAAGGAGUGUUUUGAGAAGGCUCUGGUAGGGAAACCCACCAAUCCUGAGUUCUCCCUAGGACUGGCAAUCACACUGUACCGUCUGGGUGACGAAGCACCAACCGAAAACACCAUUCGCCUCCUGAGGCAGGCCAUCCAGCUGAAUCCUAACAACCAGUAUGUUAAUGUUCUCCUGGCUCUGACUCUUCAAAAGGUCAAGAACAAAGCCGAAGUUGAAGGAGACCAGUUGGUUGAAGAGGCCUUGAAGAAAACACCUUGUCCAACAGAUGUACUCUGUAGUGCUGCUAAAUAUUACCGGAAUAAAGGCUCCCUGGACACAGCUAUAGAAUUGCUCAAAAAGGCAUUAGAAUCAGUACCCAACAAUGUCUACCAACAUCUCCAGAUUGGAUGCUGCUACAGAGCAAAAAUUAGACAAAUACAGAGGUCAAGAAAGUGCACCACUAAUGAGGAUGAAGAAAAACUACGGGAAAUAAUGAAAAAUGCUGUGGAUCAUUUUAAGAAAGUUGUUGAGUUGAACAUCAACCUCCCCCGGGCCUGCUCGGACCUUGCCUGCCUGUAUGCUAUCACAGGCCAGUACGAUGAAGCCGAGUAUUACUUCCAGAAAGAAUUCAGUAAGGAUCUCCCUCCUUCCGAGAAACAAGUGCUCCACCUUCGGUAUGGCAACUUCCAGCAGUACCAGAGGUUGAGCGACGACGCGGCCAUCCACCAUUACCUGGCAGGCUUGAACAUACACGGGUCAUUGACUGAGAAGGGAAAACUGAUCAUAAACCUAAGGAGAAUCGCCAAUAAAAGACUCUCUGAAAAUGCCUCAGAUGCUGUGGGGUGGCAACUGUCCAGAUUCAUCCAGGAACUGAAUAGAAAGGGACAAUCAACAGCUGGAGGCCCUGGGAGAGGACUGGGAUGCCCGUUGGGCAAUCCGGCCUCAGAUGCUGGCAGAUUUGACCCUUCUGUGUCCCUGGAUGGGAUGGGUAGGAAUGAAACCUCAGAGGGUACAGGUGGGGCCCACCACCCAGCAGAGCAGAAGGCCCUCGAGAGACCUUCCUACCAGGUCUCUGCACUUCAGAGGGAGGUAAAGGAGAAGAAGAAAGAGGAGUAG